ACAACAAUCAACAACAUUUAUCUUUAGCGCUGUAACAUUUUAUUGGGAAAAGUUUCUACGAUACAGGAAUCAUAACGGAUAAAUAUGGCGUAGAGCCAGGAGGGUGUUUGUUUUCGUUAUUGAUGCAUUUGUGUUCUUAGAAUUAAAUAAAUUUGCUGUAAUAAAUAGCUUUUCCUACAAUUCUGAACAUAUAAUUGAUAGAGGAAAUAAUGUGCUUUAGACAGGCUUAUAAAAGUUCAAUGUGAAACAAAGUUAUAAAAUUAACAUCAAAUAAUAUUUCAGCGAAUACAUUAAACAUACACAACAGCGGACUGGAAUUUCUUUUAUGAAAGAUGGCAUGAACCCAAAUACGUAUGGAUUCAAUACUUGAAGGCGGCACUGAAAACAAAAUAUACAUUGAUAUAAUAAACUCGUGAGGAUAUUGCGGGAGACACAUGUUGUUUCCUGCCUCGUGCAUCAUGCCAACAAAACAGACCACUUCACGACAAUGAAGAAGAAACGUUUCAUUGUGACUAUUCAUUUAUUAAGUACUUCGAAAUAUGCGAGUAACAAAGGAUCUAAAUAUAAAAUAAGUUUUGUGAAAUGUCGACAAAGUUUGAAACCGGACAAAGAGCACCGGCGUCCAGCAACGAGCCUCAGCUGACGGCAUUUACCGGGGUUGGGGAUGUUGAUAGGGUGGAAAUAACCGGUGCGGGCCGGGAUGAAUGUGCAAAGAUUUUGUCUGAAUUGAACCAUGAAGCGGCUACUUAUUGUCUUUUAUCAUCAUCCCUGGGAACUAAAACAGAUGGCGAUUUGCUUCGGAGGAAAUUAAGACUGUCCAGGAUUCGAGCUUGGGACCAUGCUAAACGUGCUCAAAACAAACUAAUCCCGGUGCUUAGGAGGAAUCUUAUUCGCAGUGAGUGUACAGAAGAACUGGAACGGAUGUAUCGUGCUUUCUCUGCGUGUUUAGAGUUUCUGGAACAACAAUACCUUAUAACAUUAUUACUUCAAUUGAAUUUUGAUUCGAUGAAAGAUGACCAGAUUUUUAUAAAUUCUGGCCUUUCUGAGACCCCGUGCGGCAAGAAGUUUACAGAUAAACUUGCAGUUGAUUUGACUAAUUCUGAUGUUCUGUCCAUUAAAAGCAUGGAUUGUAAUGACGUACGUGCAUCGGAAACAGAUGACGUUCUUAUUAUACAAAAGGAGAUGGAAGAUUUACAUGAAUUGAUUUAUUCCAUGAAUCAAAGCAUUGCCAUACAAGCCUGGGAGAUCGAUCCAGACAUGGAAACAGAAAAGUUCACAAUUGCAAUAGAAAACGAAGCAUCUGUUGCCGAUUCGUUAGCAAAUACAGAAAAUUACACAGAGAACAAUGUGUUUAGCAUUCGUUACUGGCUCGAUCCGGACAACCGUAAAAUACGAUGCGUUUCCAUAGUGAUAGUCACCAUCAUGCUAAUUAUAGUCGGCGGCAUUGUUGGAAUUCUCAUGGGAUUACUCGAUUAACAUUUUACACUCAGGACAUACAUAUAUACAUGUAAUAGUGGUUUCCAUCUACGUGCAUAUUUUGUUGUAUAUCUUGGUGUUUUGAAAGCAAUUAAUAUUUAUGUGCGUGCUCAUUUUCAUGAAAGGAAUAUAAAUACUGCAACAAAUCUGGACGUCAGCAAAUAUGCGCACGCAUCAGAUCCAAUUGGACAUUUUCAAUUUUGCGAUACUGUAAGCAUAAUAUGUGACCGCUUCGGCAGGGAGGUAUGCAAUGGUGUACCUGUUCGGCAAAUAUACAUAUGCAUCUGUAGUGAAGUAUUCACAAGAGCGUACUUUCGUGGAGAAACAUUAAGAUGAUGUUACUUUAAAAUGUUUAGCCAUUCUGUUUGGAGAUAUGAGUGGGAUUCAGGUAGUUAUGCGCGCGCAUCUGUGAGGAUGUGAGCAAAACUGCAAACUGUGCGUAGCGUGGUAGGAUUUUUGUCCAAAACAUGAAUAUCAUUAAAAUAUAUGCAAUUAAUAUAUAGCAAGUGAAAAGGUUAAUUGAUUUUUUUUAAACUUCAAUAUGGUAGAAUCGGGUAUUGAUACACAAUUGAAACUAUAUAGAAAUACAUGAAUAUGAUAAAUACGUCAAUUUAUAGUUGGCAUAAGCAAACCGACUUAAGUGUUUAUGACCUUGACAUUUAAGGAAUGAUUGGUAUAAACCGUGUUAAUUAAAAUUGACUAUUCUUUAUAAUAAAUGUAUGUAUAUAUUACAUAUAUGCAUAUACGAAAGUGUAUUUCGAAAUGCAUCAAUUGCAAGAAUGAUUACACAAAUUGAGUUAAGAAACAUAUUAUCUGACAUUUGCGUGUGAUAUUAUAAACAUUAUGUUUUAAUUGGUAUAUUAAUAUGAUUUUUAUCAACUGAAUGUGUUGGUACAUUUCAGGGUUAACAUGAUAAGUGUGAUUAAUAUAUUAACAUAUCACCUUUAUUUUCAUGUAAAUAUGCAUAUCCGAAAAAUUGCCUUUAGCCUUACGAAAUGCAUGGCUAUUAAAAAAUACAUGUACAUAUCGAAUUGAUAAAAAUGUAUUUUAUGUAUUAAAUGUAUUAACCAUAUUCCCCACUAUUCCGCCCCUACCCCAAUUUAUCUAAUCGCUUCUUAUGUAUCUAAUUCAUUUAUAAAAAAAGCUCGCAUUGCUAUUGAGAUAAUAUAAAGAAAAUGGCAAUGCUUAGAAAUGCAUCCUAAAUUUAUGCUUGAACCUCACAUAUAUUUACAUUCUGAUCAAAAGCAACUUUAAAUAAAGCACCGCUUUUAGAUCUGACCGUGACCAAAUAUAUCAAGUCAUUUUGGUGACCUUUUACACAGCCACUCAUCGGCGAACUUUCAUAAUUUUGAAAGCGGUGUGGUUUCUAAUUUUAACCCUGGAAAAACCUAUACUGAGUAGGUUACAACAUGGCGUUGUCCAUACAGCCGAUUGGAAAACUGACAAAACAGUCUUGUCCCUUAAAAUUCAAGUAAAUCUGUUAAAAAUUACCUCAACCUUUUUUUUCUAACAAAAAUCAACAAUUUGUUUAAUUUCCACUGAUAACGGUAUUUUGAUACUUCUUCUAUUGCCUUUCCAAAAACUAGUUUGACUGCAUGGCUAAACAUAGCUUUCUCGGGAAAUCCGAAUGAUAAAAAAGGCGAAACAUAUACGGUCGUCAUCAGAUCUACAUAAAAGAAAUAAGUAGAUCUGAAUCCUAGGCAGAUUGCAUAUAUUUAUAGUGUGACAUUUACAUGUUUAUGUCUUCAAAAAUGUCAUGAUUUUAAGAUAUAAUACAAAUAAUUUUGAAUUAUGGUGUAACGAAAAUGCAACAUUUCGAUUUCGAUUUUUAUACGCACGAAAGCCUUUGGGACGAAGUAUGUAGUGUGGCAUUUUCCGUCCGUCCGUCCGUCCGUCUGCCCGUAGAUAAUUAGUUUUCUGCAGCAUAACUUUUGAAGGAUGCUGAUGUUGUAUCAAAACUCAGGUCAAGUUCGAUUUUGGUUUCAAUCAAAUCGAUAUUAAAAAAAGUAUGCCCCAUUUUUGAGCAAUUUUAAGUGAAGUUAUUGAUUCCGCAGCAUAAUAUUUGAAGGAUUUCAGUGAUUGUGUUUAUAUUUGAAAUUAUGGCAAACGUCAAGUCGAUUUUUGUUUCAAUCAACUCACUAUGGGGAUAUGCCCAUUUUAAGCAUUUUUUAUGUGAAUUAUUUGUUUCCGU